ACUUCCACUACUUCAGCAUGCAUAUUGUCUUCCAGAUGUGUCUUUGCUUGAUGUUUUCCCAAGCAGAUGCUUUCUUUAGCAGUGGCGUGCUGCAUUGCGAGGGUACCGCUAGUGACGCGGUGCUACUGGGGGAAAUCCUCUACAACAAGAUGCUUCUGAUGCAAUACAACAGCACUGUGGGGAAAUAUAUUGGCUAUACGGAGAAAGCAAGGAAAAUUGCAGAAAUUCUCAACACAGACUAUUAUUUGGAUCAGCAAAAACAUAAUCUACAAAAAUGCAAGACUUAUUUUAGAAUUUUACACGAUGCCCUUGAGCAAACAGUCGAGCCGAUCGUCAGAUUGCGGUUAGACGAGGCAGCGGACGAGCAUCCAUCUACUUUUGUCUGCAGUGUGUACAACUUCUUUCCAAAGAAUAUCAUGUUGACGUGGCUGAGGAAUGGCGAGAAGGUGACAUCGGAGGUGAUGUCUACGGAGUCCCUACCCAACGGCAAUUGGCUCUACCAGCGGCACUCACACUUGCAGUACACGCCGACACGCGGGGAUACCAUCAGCUGCAUGGUGGAGCAUGCCAGCCUCCAGGAGCCAAAGAUUUAUGACUGGGAGCCCAUGCCGAAGUCGGUAAGGAUUAAGAUCAUUCUAGGAACAAUGGGACUGUUCGUGGGUCUGGCGUCUUUGGCUGCCGGGCUCAUUUACUACUGCAGAACAAAUCUGGCUGGGCGACAUUUGGUGUCAACAAAUGGGGACAGCCCUCCAACCAGCUGAAUCUUUGUUAAUAAUUACAUGAAUAAAUUAGCUUUUCAGCAC